ACACCUAACUGAUAUCACCAAUAACCUUUUCACUUACAAAGCUUUUAAAGUAACCAAAACUUUGGUAAGCUUCUUUAGAGACCAGUGAGAGCUAUGUCAAAAGAGAUUGAGCUUCCAGGUUUCAGAUUCCACCCUACCGAGGAGGAGCUUACUGACUACUACCUCAAGAACAUGGUUUACGGAAAAUUCUCCAAAGUGGAAGUCAUUGGUUUUCUCAACAUCUAUCGUCAUGAUCCAUGGGACUUACCUCGCUUAUCGAAAAUCGGUGAGAGGGAAUGGUAUUUCUUUGUUCCAAGAGAAAGGAAGCAUGGGAACGGAGGGAGACCAAGCAGGACAACUGAGAAAGGAUAUUGGAAAGCAACUGGUUCCGAUCGUAAGAUCAUAAGCUUGUCUGAGCCAAAACGUGUGAUUGGGCUCAAGAAGACCCUUGUGUUCUACAGAGGAAGAGCACCAGGAGGAAGCAAGACUGAUUGGGUCAUGAACGAGUACCGUAUGCCUGACAAUUGCACCUUACCAAAGGACGUUGUGCUGUGUAAGAUAUACAGAAAAGCCACAUCACUUAAAGUGUUGGAGCAACGAGCAGAGAUGGAAUCUAAGAUGAAUCAAACAUGCCCAAACUCUCCCCUCUCGUCUUCCGAGACCGUUUCUUACGUUGGUAAAGAAGAAGACUUGAUGAUGACUUCGUUCCCUUUUCCUCAAGCAUCAGCCAUGCAAGAAGCAAACAACAACUUCAUGCUUCAAGGACAUACCGACAACGCAAAGAACGAAGAGAAACAAAGAGAAACAGAGAUGAAGGAGUCUUCUUCAUCGCUGAAGCUACCAUGUGGAGUCUUACCAUUACCAGAGCUGCAAGUACCUAAACAAGGACUAGAAUGGGGACAAGACCAGUUCUUGAGUAUAAGCCCAUGGCUCCAGAAUCUUACACCAAUAAUUAAUCUGCUAAAUUUUUAGGAUAUGUAAAGAACAAAUCUCCCAAAAGAACUAACUAUUCUUCAGUGAUACCUACCCUCCACCUGAGAAAAAACAGUCCUUGUAAGAUGCCUGGCUUCAGCUUAAGGAUUAUCAAUAAUAUUUGUUUUUACUCA